GAAAAUGUGGUCUUAUACAUGUUAGAUGAAACAGAUGAAAUAUACAUUCUUCUGACGUUAAGGUUCUUUUAUUUUGCCGUGAGUUCGGCUGCGCGGAAGUGACGCGUGCGCACUUCCGGUGUGUGAUGAUGGCGGAUUUCGAUCAGGUAGAUUUUUUGCGCGAGCGGCACGUGCGGUUCUUUCAGCGCUGUCUGCAGGUGCUGCCCGAGAGAUACGCGCCGUACGAGACCAGCAGGUUGACUAUUGUAUUUUUUGCUCUGUCGGGUCUGGAUGUUCUUAACGCCCUGGAUGUCAUUGAUAAACCUGCGUUAAUCGAGUGGAUUUAUUCGCUGCAGGUUCUUCCCACAGAUGAUAGAUCAAAUCUCCGGCGCUGUGGCUUCCGAGGUUCCUCGCACAUGGGAGUUGCGUACAAUAAUUCAAAGGGUCCGGGUUCUCCUCAUGCGUAUGACAGCGGUCAUGUGGCGAUGACCUACACCGGACUGGCGUGUCUUGUUAUUCUAGAUGACGAUCUGAGUCGUGUGAAUAAAGAGGCUUGUCUGAUUGGCUUAAAAGCGCUGCAGCUCGAGGACGGCAGUUUUUACGCCGUCCCGGAAGGAAGCGAGAACGACAUGAGGUUUGUUUACUGCGCCGCUUGUAUCUGUUAUAUGCUGGACGACUGGUCUGGUAUGGACUGUCAGAAAGCCAUCGAUUACAUCAGGAGAAGCACUUCAUAUGAUGGUGGGAUUGGUCAGGGGUCUGGACUUGAGUCUCACGGUGGCUCCACAUUUUGCGCUAUCGCAGCUGUGUCUCUGAUGGGGAAAUUACAGGAAGUGUUCAGCGAGAGAGAAAUGAGACGCAUCCGACGCUGGUGUAUCCUGAGACAGCAGAACGGCUUCCACGGGCGACCCAAUAAACCCGUGGACACCUGUUAUUCCUUCUGGGUGGGCGCAACUCUUGAGCUUUUAGAUGUGUUCCAAUACACAAACUUUGAAAAGAACCGCAACUACAUUCUGUCGACGCAAGACCGUCUGGUGGGAGGUUUCGCUAAAUGGCCCGACAGUCAUCCAGACCCUCUUCACACUUACUUUGGCAUCUGCGGUUUGUCUCUGAUGGGAGAGGGUGACCUGCGGAGGGUUCAUCCCGCUCUGAACAUCAGUGAGCGAGCGUUCGCUUCUCUGCAGCGGCUUCACGGGGUGUGGAGGGAAAACAGCACGUGACCACUGGACGGAUACGCCUGCGAUACCUCACCAAUAGAACCCAACACUGAGAGCUGAUGAAUAACUGAUCACAUCAGUUCCACCCUAUCCAUUAUUCAGUCGGUGUUCAGCCGUCGGCCACGAGAUCAUUUGCUUGUGUGCUUGAUUUCUGCCUUACAAAAAACCUCACAAAGUUUGCGUGUGAAUAUACAGAUCUCAAUCGAACAGCAAGCACUAGAUAUCUUUGUCCUUUAUGCUUUCUCAAGUCGUCUUACGGUUUCUUUUUCUUCAUGGCAAUCUUUUCUCUUGAAUGUGCCUCAGACAUCUUUACACACGCUGCCAGUGUUGCUGCAUCUCCACUAAAGACACUUGAAUGUUGCUUCAAGGAUCAAAGAAUACAAUUUUUUUGUCCAUACUUUCGUUUUCAAGUGUAGGGAUGACAAUAAUGCUGCUGCUGAUAUUGUGAUGUGAAGUCCUAGUAAACAGGAUGUAAGUGUCAAAUGUAAGAAAAAAAAAAUUUAAUGUGCUGUUGAGAUAUUGAAAUGGGAAUGAAAUAAAAUAAAAUGAUGGCA